AUGAUCCGCGCUCAGCUCGCUGCCACUCUCCUGCGCGCCCGCCCCGCCGCGACCCGCGUCGCCCCCGCUUUCGCCCGCGCGUCGUCCAGCGCACACGGACAGGAGACGUUCGAGUCGUUCAACGAGCGUUACGUCAACUUCUUCCAGUCGGCCCAGGACCUUUUCGAAGUCCAGCGCGGCCUCAACAACUGCUUCGCGCACGAUCUCGUCCCCGCCCCCUCUGUCGUCGAGGCGGCCGUCCGCGCUGCCCGCCGUGUCAAUGACUACGCGACUGCAGUCCGGGUCUUCGAGGGUAUCAAGGAGAAGGUUGAGAACAAGCAACAGUACCAGGCGUACCUUGACGAGCUUAAGCCUCUCCGGGAGGAGCUCGGCAUCAACAUCCGGGAGGAGCUCUACACCUCGUGA